UGUGUCCAAUAAUACACUCAAAAACAUAAUAACCAUAUCAACAAACUAACUACAGUAUGGCAACUACUUUUUCUUCCAUCUUUUCAAUACAACUACCCAAUAUUUCAUGGAAUAAAGGAAGCAAAAGAGUCCCACCAAAGAGAUUCAGAUUCUGUAUUUCAGCUCAAGUGCAGGAAACCCAGCAAGUAAAGACCGAAAAUGAAGCAGAAAUGCCAGAGAAAAUGAAGCAAGAAGACCUGAAAAUGCCAAAACCGAUUGAACCGCAAGUAAAUGUGAAGAGCAGGAACUUGGCGCGAGAAUAUGGAGGACAGUGGCUGAGUAGUGUGACCAGGCAUGUAAGGAUCUACGCUGCCUAUAUUGAUCCAGAAACCUGCGCCAUGGAUCAAUCUCAGUUGGAUAAACUGACACUUAUUCUUGAUCCUACUGAUGAAUUUUUGUGGACGGAUGAAACCUGCAAUAAGGUUUACGUUUACUUUCAAGAACUCGUUGAUAAUUACGAGGGUGCAGCUCUGACUGAAUACACGCUCCGCCUUAUCGGGUCAGAUAUAGAGCAUUACAUAAGAAAGAUGUUGUAUGAUGGUGAGAUCAAAUACAACAUGAAUUCAAGAGUGUUGAACUUCAGCAUGGGAAAACCACGGAUGAAAUUCAACGGUAAUGAGCUUCCAGACGUGCAGUAAUAGCAAGAAUCAGAAAAUGGUAUUUUCUGAUUUCAUUUUUAGGCCACUUCUUAUGCAUCUUUCUUUUAAAUAGCUAAUCUAAGAGGCAGAAAAAGCAUGUUGAUGGGGUUUUGUUACAGGAAGCACAAGGUCAAAUUUACUAGAGUUGUUAGUCAACCAAGAUUCAGAAUUUGCUCCGAUGGUUAUACUUCAAAAACAGGAAGAAAGAAAAACACCAAAAAUAAAAACACACAAGAUAACUAUUACCUCCAGAGUCCAGAUACAUGUUGCAUAUUCAUACGAGAUUUAAGUGCUUCCACAAUUGUUUGUAACUUGCACCAUAAAUGCACAAAUUUGAGAGAGAAAAUGGUUCAAGCUUGGGGUUGUAGAGUUGCUUCUUUAUUUCAGAACUGUAACAGGUUACUCAACUCAAUGUAAUGCCUACUAUAGAGGGGCAAACAUUACAUAGAACUUAAACUUUCACCUAAUACGAUUAUCCUUUUCCAUGGUGUUUCUAGGUUCUAUAACUCUAUUAAUACUACAUAUGAAAAUUGGGAACCUUGAGAGAACUAAUUCUGUGUGCAUUUUUCAUCUAGUGGAUAGAAUAUAUCCCUCAUAUCAUCUAAUAAAGCGUUCGAAUGUUUUGCAUGAUUUCAGAUGUGAACCAGAGGGCUGAUGUAUCCAAAUCUCAGUUGAAAGUAGAAUCCCAACUCUGGAAAAUUGUUCAUCAAGUAGAAAAUUCAAAAGUUCAUAUUGUACUUUUGAUCCUGAAUAUACAUGUGUAUAUGCCAUAUUCAUUGCCAUGGUUUAAACUAUUCAAGAUAAUGGUGGCAUUGUCUUUCAUGGUGCCCUAUUACUGUCUUUUUAAACUAUUCAAAAGGACUAAUUGUACUAUUGAUCCUGAAUAUACAUGUGUAUAUGCCAUA